CAUCUCUGCAACAAGAUUCCCUUUCUGCACACCACAGAGAGCGAACACAGCACAGGCCAGAGGGGCAAGCUUGAGGAGCCGUGAGCUGUGGCUGGGGACAGUGCCAUGGACGCCCGCACCCGGAGGUGGCUGCUGCUUUUGGUGGCCUUGCUGAAGGGGCUGAGCCCCGCCCCAGCUGAGCAGGGGUCCACAGCCACCAGCCCUCGCUGCACUUACACCCUUGUGGUUCCCCAGCAGAAGCUCGUGGGAGCCGUGUGCUGGAGCGGAGCAAAGACCACGGCCCCUCGGCAAGACAGUGCGAGGGCAGAUGAGCUGCAGGCUCUGCAGGCCCAGCUGAGGCAGCAGGAGGCCUUAAUCAAAGAACUGAGGGAGCAGGUGGCUGCGCUGGGGGCUACAGUCAGUGAGGUUAGGGCGCUCUGUGGGGAGGCUCGGGGCGCCCAGAGGCAGACACCCCAUGGAAGAACUGAGGGGUCCCGGGGGGAUGGGCCGGCUCAGCUGGAAGGCCAGCUCACGAGUGCCUUAGCGGAAGCCCAGCGAGCCGCUGCCCAGUACCACCAGCUGGAUGCCAAGUACCGCGCUCUGGCUGAACUAGUCAACGACCAGAGCACCGUUAUCAGCAAGCUGGAGCAGCGCUGUCCGGGAGGGCCCGGGGGGCAACAGGUCUUGCUACUGCCUUCCUUGAGCCCCUCAGGGCUUGGAGGGCCGGUGGGCAAUGGCAGCCACGUCAGUGGAAGACCAGACAGGGAGCUGCAGAAGGAACAGAACAGGGUGCCUGGCCAACCACAGAGGCAGCAAGGGCUCCUGGCCUCUCCCCUGCCCACAGGCACCCCGGGGACACCCACCCAGGCAACAGGCCCAUGGCGCGAUUGCCUGGAGGCCCUAAAGGGCAGGCAGAGGAUCAGCGGGGUUUACCAAGUGAGACUGGGCCAGAAAUCAGUGCCUGUGUGGUGUGAACAGCAGCUGGAGGGAGGAGGCUGGAUGGUCAUUCAGCGGCGACAGGACGGCUCGGUGAACUUCUUUACCAACUGGCAGAACUACAAGGUGGGCUUUGGCCGGCCUGACGGAGAGCACUGGCUGGGCCUGGAGACCAUACACCUGUUGACCCAGCUCCGGGAUCAUGAACUUCUGGUGCUCCUGGAGGACUGGGGGGGCCGUGGGGUCCACGCCCGAUACGAUGGAUUCUCCCUGGAACCUGAGAGCGAUCACUACCGCCUGAGGCUUGGCCAUUACAGGGGUGAUGCUGGCGAUUCUCUGUCGUGGCAUAAUGACAAACCCUUCAGCACUGUGGACAGGGACCGGGAUUCCUACUCUGGUAACUGUGCUUUGUAUCAGCGGGGCGGCUGGUGGUACCACGCCUGCGCCCACUCCAACCUCAAUGGCGUCUGGCACCUAGGUGGCCACUAUCGAAGCCGGUAUCAAGAUGGUGUCUACUGGGCCGAAUUUAGGGGCGGUGCCUAUUCUCUCAAGAAGGUGGCUAUGUUAAUUCGGCCCCUCUGACUCCCUGGGUCUUGGGAGCAGGGCAAGGAGUCUGACUCUCUCGGACUGUGUGGCAUAUGGUGUCCUGGAUUUUGUAUGAGUU